UAAAAAAGAAAAAGCGAUGCAAGUUUUGCUACCUGGUCUUAGCACUGAACACCUGAAACGUCCUCCUCAUGGCGUCAGUGCGCGGGGCUGAUGGAGAGAGACUGAAACACAACAUCUGUGUUUGCAUUGAGGAGUGCAGAGAGAAGCUGUACGGUUUAAGUCAGGACAUCUGGAGCACACCGGAGCUGGCCUUUAAAGAAAAGCAGAGCCAUGACUUGCUUGUUCGCUUCUUUUCGGAGGCAGGCGGCUGGACCGUUGAACCCAGCUACAUUUUAGAGACCGCUUUCCGGGCUACUUGGUGUCUCGGCACUCAGAAGAACCUCAAGGUCGUAAAUGUUGGUUUCUUGUGUGAAUACGACGCUCUUCCUAGUCUCGGUCACGCGUGUGGUCAUAAUCUCAUCGCAGAGGUUGGUGUAGCUGCAGCAUUCGGCCUGAAAGGGGCUCUGGAGAGUCAGGCAGACGUCCCUGUGAAGAUAACAGUUCUGGGAACCCCUGCUGAAGAGGAAGGAGGAGGUAAAAUAAAACUGAUCCAGGCUGGAGCGUUUGCAGACAUGGAUGUUGUGUUCAUGGCUCAUCCCUCCCAGGAAAAUAAAGCCUUCCAUCCCUGCAUUUGCAUAAGAGAUUGCACUGUAAAGUAUUAUGGGAAAGCCUCUCAUGCUGCUGCUUACCCAUGGGAGGGUGUGAAUGCGCUGGAUGCUGCUGUGCUUGCUUACAGCAGCUUGUCCGUGUUGAGGCAGCAGCUGAGGCCAGAUUGGAGGCUACAUGGCAUUAUUAAGCAUGGUGGAACAAAGCCUAACAUUAUUCCAGACUACACCGAGUUGGAGUAUUAUAUGCGUACACCGCUGCUCAAAGACCUUUCUUACCUCAAAGAUAAAGUAGAGACAUGCUUCAGAUCAGCUGCCAUAGCAACUGGCUGUCAGGUGGAAAUAACAUUUCCUAACCCAGUGUAUUCCAACAUCCUGCCAAAUCCUUCCUUGGAAAAACACUAUGAAGAGAAUGGCAGAGCUCUAGGCAUGGAGUUCAAAGAAGAGUGCAGAAGUUUUACUGGCUCCACAGACUUCGGCAAUGUAUCCUUUGUUGUCCCUGGGAUUCACCCUUUCUUUUACAUUGGGACUGAGGCACUGAACCACACACCUGAGUAUGCAACAGCUGCAGGCUCAGAGAAAGCACAGAUGUACACACUGCAGACAGCCAAAGCUCUAGCCAUGACUGCUGCUGAUGUGCUUUUGAACCCAACCUUACUCAAGCAGGUCAAAGAGGAGUUCACAGUGGCCAAAUGCUCACAAGAGCAAAAAAGCAAAUAAGGCAUUUACUCCAUAAACAGAGAGGAAGACGAACACAAAGCUGACCCACAAGUAGAUGUCCACUGCUUUGAUAUAGGACACACGCGGCAUGGAGGCAUUGACCCCAGUGAUGAUGGUGGACAUUGUAAGAACCGUAGUGAUACCUGAACAAAAGCAAAGAAUUGUAUGAAGCUUCUUCUUUUCUCUUCUUCUCUCUUCUUCUACUUUUCUUUUUGCAAGUCAUGUGGUAUCACAGCUGCUAUCACAGAUUUCUUAAUAACCUGAAUGAAAUGUGAAAUUGAGUUCUUUAAUCUGAUCAUUAAUAAUGUGUACAAUUUUGUGUAAGUUUGUACUGUGGAGUUGAACGAUGCCUACAAAAUCAUAGUGGAGAUAGGCCUACCUAAAGGUACUCUAGCAGGCACAGCUCUGCGAUCAAUCCAGAAGGACACCCAGGACAGCAUGACCAUCAGCGUGGCAGGGAAGUACGUCUGCAGCAAGAAGAAGAAAAUGUGUCGCCGGAGGGUGAAAUGGAUGUACAGCCUGUUGUACCAGCCUGUGAAAUGAGAAAUACUGUUUAAUAAGCUUGACAGCAUACAGCAGGGAUCACUUCUGGGGUCACUCCAGCCAUAGGGCUUGAGUCCAGCAUGGUUUAGUGACUUUCCUGAUCUAACACACCAACUAAUCCUAGUAAUUAACUGACUAGUUGAAUCAGGUGUGUUUGAGCAGGGAAAUCAGCAAGCUGUGCUGGAUUAAGGCCCUUCAGCACUUGAACAGACAGCCCCUCACAUAUAGUGCAUGUCCGUUUUAAUUUUCGAUAAUAAAAUAAUGGAUUACCUGUGCUGCUGUAGAAAGCAAGCUUUGUAGUUGUGUGAAACUUUUGGAUGAGAAAUUGCGAAAGUGAAAUCCUGUCGUCUGUGUUCAGUGAUUCAUUGCCUUUUUUCCAGUACAACAUGAGGUCAUCAUCCGUAUAGGCAUCUGAAAUGACAGCAAGUUCUCUUGGACACCACUUACGUAAACAGAGCACAGUCCUACUAAAGUAGAACUUAAUUAGUGUAAUAUGGUUUUAUUUAUCAGUAAUAAGUAUUGCUUAUAUACAUCUUAGUAGGUGAAUAAUGUUCUGGAUAGUUUUGUAAAGGCUGUGUACCUAGAUAGAGAGAUAGACAGAUACUUUAUUGAUCCUGAAGGAAAUUUAGCAUCAUGUCACGAUCAUAACUAUUCAUCAUUACAUGCUUACUAUAAUGCUGACUGUUAUACUGUGAUACUUUUGGAAAUCAAUGCUUCUAUGCAAAGUGAUUACAAAUAAAGGAAUAUAUUUUGCAUUAUCUACA